AACCCAACAUUCUCCCCUCCUUUUCCCUCUUAUCCAAAUCGACGAGUGUGUAGCCGAUACACUUAUUAUAUUUUUUUUCUGAGAUACAAUUAUAAACACAAAAACGACUUUUAACUAUAUAUUAAAUAAAAACAAAAGGAACAACAUGAUAAUUUAUUCAAACACUUUUUUGACUUGAUUUGGUAGGGUGCACCAUUUGAAUAAUAUUUUUAUUGAUCUAGCGUAAAGACGUUUUUUUUUUUUUCAAAAUGAACACCAACUUGAAAUACUUCAUUCUUUGUCUCAAGUAUAGCCUUGAUUACACCAAAGUUAUCUACAUGUCUUUUAACAUCAACUUAUUUUGUAUAUGCUAGCCAAAUAUUUAUCUGGGGCAUUACGUUAUUUGUUGAGGCCAUUUUCACAAAAUGAUGUCAAGAGUAAUGAAUGCAGUAAAUAAAUAUGUACCCAAUCUGCUUAUAUGUUCGUUAGCUUUUUAUGUAGACUAUAAAUACGUAGGGAAUUGACUAAGAACACGUUAGAGUAACUGCAGCAACAUGUCGAGCCGGGUGCCUAUUUUUGUUUUGGUUAUCAUAUUGACUAUACUCUUAUCCGACAUAAGAAGUGAACAGCAAAGCGGCGAAACUCAUUUGGAGAACGCCAAUCAACAGCUUCAAUUUAUUUUGGAUACCAUAAGUCAACACGAGCGUCAGAGAGUACAAGAAAUUAUUGAUAACUCGAAAUUGGAUAACAGAAAACAGCGACCAAAUAGCAAGAGAUUAAGAUGGAAUCGAAAAACGACUGCCCCACAUCGCAAGGAUCUUGGAAAAUUGGAACAUAGAGCAUUUGUUACCUCCUCCUCGUUAUCUCAACAACAAACCAAUUCGGAUUAUAUUAAUGUAAAUAAUUAUUUGCCCACCCCUGCUCCUUGGUGGUUUAACUAACCGUUGACUUUACUUUUAUUUAGUUUGUAUUCUUUGUAGUUCUUAUUCGUUGAGAACUAAGCAAUACUACCAAUUUUUUUUGAUUAUUCCAUACAUGCUACAUGUACACGUUAUUUUAUUAUUAAGUGAAACGAUUUUCAA